UUAAAAUGAGUUUAAGGACCCAUGUGCCCGGAUCCCCGCUAAAAACAUUGCAGCUAAAUAACGGACAGAUAAACCCCUCCAUCAACCAAUCUAUCACACUCAAAGAUAUUAAGGUGACUGCUAAAGCUGACAGCACGGGAAUAGAAAAUAACGUGCAGAGAAACGUUUUUAUCAAACAUCAUCAUUCUGUGAAGAAAAUGCAAACUCCUACGGUUGCCCGCAGAAACGCCAGGGAGAGAAAUAGAGUCAAGGUGGUGAAUUCAGGAUUUGAUGUUCUCAAACAUCAUGUUCCUCAUCUUAAAUCUAAAGUUAGCAAAGUGGAAACAUUAAAGGCAGCAGUCGACUAUAUUAGAGCUUUGAAAGAGAUGCUUGGAGAAGAAGAUGAUUUUGUACCCUCAGGACCAAUUCUAAUAGGAGACAAUGAAAGCUUAGAUGACGAUGCCUCCAACUUUUCUGAAUUGGCGGAUUCCAGUUUUUCGCCAAGCAAUUCCCUCACCUCUUCAACUGAUAUACAGGAUGUGACCCUUCAUCCCAUGGUGUAUCAACUCCCUCCCUCCUCAUCAAUCCUCUACUCAUCCCCAUCCUCCAUUCCUUCCAUCUCAUCCCCGCUCUACCAGUCAUCCAUGGUCUCAUCCCCGAAUACGGAGAAAAUUUCAUCCAGUUUCCUAAUCCCACCAGAGUAUCAGAAAGAAGGGGAAACAAUUCGCUUGCCAUCUAUAGCUGCUCCCUCUUGGUGGCCGCAGAUGCCAACUUCAUCUGAUAAUAAAGAAUAAAAUAGCUGGAUUGGUCAGAUGUUUACUUGUAGAUGAAAUAAACCAGUUCUUGUUUGUAAACAGUAGAGGCUAGUCACCUUGCCGUACGUUAGGCCAGGUUUACCAGUGAAGAUAAUUUAUUUAAAAGUGAAAAAUGAAAAUAAACAUUUUAAAAAAU